CGGCCGCCGCGGACGUCGUCGUGGGGUUUCAGGGCAAACGUGCCGUACAAUAGUGUGUGCAAGUGCAGCGGUGCUCAGUCAAAGCGAAUCUCUGCUGACCUCCUCGCAAAUUGCAGCUCAGUGUUGUGCAGCUCGCAGCACACCGGUUUCGAUCGUUCUGGCAACGUGUAUGGUAUAGAAUCACUCUAAAGCUCCUCUGUUCUCCUAGAGAACGAAAACAGUUCUCGUGUGUGUCCUCCAUUAAGCAGGCAGUGUGGUGUUGCUGAUGAGUGAAAAUUCCAAGUGUUUUUAGUUAAUCCAAACAGUGAUUCAUCCCGAUAUACGGUCGCACGUAAGGCCGCAAAGCGUGUGUUGUGAAUAUGUGAGUCAAUAGACACCCACACAUAGGAGGCUGUGAGUGCGUGUGCGUAUUGUUUGUUCAAACAACGUGAAGAAAGUGUCGACGCUAGAGAGACACAGGUAAAGAACCCCGUGCGUGCGAAUUGCAGUAGGCCUGGCAAGAGAAGAUGCUGGGUUUCAGCAAGAAACCGGGACCACCGGUGCCACCGCGUCCAAGUGCGGCCACGGUUGCAUCGGCGUUGGCGAGACAGCGUGAAAAUUCCCCCUCGCCAACCGGUGCCGCUGGCCAAUUGGUGGUCAAUCGAGGGAUGGCAACACUAAAACCACCACAUCCGGGACGUACCGUCAUCUACAAGUCGCCGGGCUUCGAUCAAUCGCCCGUCGGUUCACCGGUGGCGGCUUCAAGGCGCAACGAUCUGGCCGAUCGUAGCGUGAAUGGAUCGACCGAAGGCCAUGGUUUAAGCCCGCAGCAAAGCCCGAAACCACUGGAACGUGGUAGCGGUGGUAAUGUGAUGUACCGAUCGACGUGCAGCAUCGUCGAGAUCAACAGCUCCAGUUCGGUGUCCAGUUCGGCCUCAUCUUCACCGGUGGCCACCUUGCAGAAGGGCGAUGCACAGAGGCAACAACAGCAACAGCAGCGUAUGCUGGAACCACCGGUAGUUCCGAUCGCUCGCCGGCGUAUCCGUUCCGGGGAGCACGAUGAUCAACCAACGGUGGGUGAAGUGAUCAUCAUCAAUAGUAGCACCGGAGUGGCCGGUGGCCAGCGGAAGGAAAGGAAGGAUUCGACCGGUGGCGAGUGUGACAGUGGUACGGAGCGUGGUGACAGUUCCGGUUCCUCGGCCAGCGCUGGCAGUACGCUGGAGCGCGAGAACAAUCUGCGGAAUCUCGAGAGCGCCAAAAGCAGCCAUUUUACCGAGAUCAUUAUCGGAUCGAAUCAAAGCAGUACGGUGGUGAGGAGUGGCAGCAAACCCAACAUUGCACCGAGGACGGAGGGCGUCGGAACGAUGGCGAUCGGUGGUGGUGGUGGUGGUGAGGUCACGGGACGGAGCAAUAGCUCCGACGGUAACACUGUGAUACGCUCGAGCUCGAUACGGCUCGCGGUCGGUACGACCGGAGCUCCAUUGUACCGUCGCCCCGAACCGGAAGGUGGUGAGCACGUACAACCCCCGACCGACAACCGUUCAACCGGGCAGCAGCAGCCACACGCAAUCACGAAUCUCGCCCCACAGUCCAAAGCGAUGGCGAAGCCACCGACGCUGGUGGUGGGGUCAUUGGAUCCGGCCACACUCGAUUCGAAGCUGAGCGAACAGAAGCUUGCCUUCCAUGAGCUGCUCAUCUCCGAGCUGACCGCUAUGAGGGAGAAGCACCAGCAUCAGCAUCAGCAUCAGCAACAACAACAGUCACAUAAGGUCCAGUCUAUGGAGGAUUCCGUAUCGCCAAUGGAACGAAAAACAUCCCACACGGAAGCAGAGCAUCCCCUUAUUCCGACCACGGUGGUCACUGGAAGUUUCGGUGGCCAUGAUGAUGGUCCGAUUGAUCGGGUCAAUCUGGAGAAGGUUAACCGGCGCCAGCGUUGCCCUUCGGAGCGACGAUCAUCGGGCAGCGAGACGGAGGCGACGAGCCCGAACGGCACCACGAUCCGUUUGCCGAAGAUCCGUACCUCGGACUGGAUCGAGGUGGGCGACAAUGGCAAGCAGGUGGUGCUGUCGAGCUGUCAGAUCAGUCUGGAGGAUUCUGGCAUGGAGGACGAGGAGAAGCUGGACGAUGCAUCGUCCGGUGUCGGCGAUUCGUGGGACAGCGUGAAGGAAGAUGUAGAAUCACGCAUCAAAAUGUCACUCCCCGGGUUGCCACCGUUGCCGAAGAGUCUGAGCGGUUUUGAUCUCGCCGGCGGUGUCCAGUUCCAGUCCAGCCACCAUCACCACCACCAGCAGGCCCAGCAGCAUCAGCAGCAUUCCCAUCACUAUCCGCACCAUUCGCUUCAGCAUCAGCAGCAAUCGGCGCCAGCGCAUCAGGUGCAUCAGCAACAGCAACACGGUACCUUCCACGGCGGCGGUGGUGGUGGUACCGGGGGGCUGUCCUCGCACUCGUCCAACCACCCACCGUCCUCCCAGUCACCGGUGACACUAAACCAUCACCACACGAACCCGUUCAUCCCGAUCGGUUCCUCGACGCUACUGCACGGUAGCAGCAUCGCGUCCCUCGACAGUCAACAGCGUGGCCACUCGCCCGUCAGUGCUCAGCUGUCAUCUGGUAGUGGUAGUGGUGGUGGUGGACGCAAGUCCUCACCGCAACCGAUGGCAAAUACGGCACCACCAACGACGACCUUGGACACCCAGCUGGCAAUCCUGCGACGAGAAAUGUAUGGUCUCCGUCAGUUGGAUCUGUCGCUGCUGUCGCAACUUUGGGCCCUCAAUGAAUCCAUCCAGGAGUUCCGCACGAUACUGCAGGAGCAGGAAACGCUUUCGCCGCCCUCGCCGACACCCUCCAACUCGGACGCCAACUCGGUCUCGUCCGAUGACGACGUGGAUGAGGACGAAUCGUCAGCAACCACCACUAGUAACCAACAACAGCAUCAUCACCAGCAGCAACAGCAACAACAACUGCAUCAACAGCAACAGCUUCGUCUACUGUCCUCAGUCCAUCAUGCGCCGCCACCGCUACAGUCAUCCACGAACAGCAGUCUCGGUAGUAGUAUCGGUAGUGGCAGUGCUGGAAAUGGGACGUUGGCCGCGCAGAACGACUCCGGAGGAUCCUCCAACACGACUAGCCUUUCGUCUUCUGCCUCGUCGCGUAUGCGAGCGCCACCACCGCCUCCGCCGAACAGGAAAGCGCCUAUCUCGAGGCCUGUCUAAUGAUGAGCGAAGAGGAGGUAGAAGAGGGCGAAGAUGUGCGUCAUGUGACAGUGAUUGUUGCCAAUAGUACUCUCUGGAAGCUCUAGUGCAUGGCCGUAGUGCGAGGUAUUCCGAUGUAGCAUCGGAAUGAGAUUUCAAGCGGAAGAUCGGUAGCGAAGGCAGACACAGAAUUGCGAAUCUAAUCAGAGUAAAGCAUAACUUUCACGUUGACUAGUGUGUUUGUCUGUACCGGAAGCGUUAGUAAGACAGAGGCGACAAACGUGGCGUUAGCGUUUAGGCGUACGAAGCAUACCAAAACUCACAUUAAAACAUAAACCAUAAGCAAAUGAAGACGUGCGUACGUGCGUGGGUGGAGAUGAGCCACCGACGCGGAUGAGUGUCUGUUGUUUGUCCCCUGUCGCUCACAGGAAUGUUUAUGAAAGACGUUAUCGAUAUGGAACGGUAGUGACUGUGUGUCAGUUAGUAGAAAGAGGAGGUAACUAGAACUGCGUCUCGUGGGAGAAAGGGGAAAAGGAGAUGAAAGAUAUGGCUCGCAAAAGUCUGUCGCUUGGCGCCAGUGGCAUUUCGGUGUGUUAAGAGAGAAAGAGAGACAUAGGAAAGGGGCAAAUGAAAGGCAGGAGUUACAGCGACUACGACACAACCGCAUUGCUGUACUCUUCUGUACAUAACUAAUUUGCGACUAAAUAAUGUUCCCAAACUAGCGUUAAACUAUAAUGAUGGAAUAAAGUAAAGAGAUUUAAAACUA